UCCUCCUCGCGUCGCUGCUGCAGUGAAACCCACGGAAACGGACGGAAAAUAGGUUACGCUGCUGUCGUGUCCAAACCAGCCUUUUCUUUACAAAACAACGAGACCAGGAGCAGAAUUUCCCUCUUAUUUUUGUGCUCUCAUUUACUGCUGUUCAUCUCCGAAGCGGAAUUCCGUCGCGCAGGCAGCAAAAUGGGAAAUGAGGCAAGUUAUCCCCUGGAAAUGUGCUCGCAUUUCGAUGCUGAUGAGAUUAAAAGGCUGGGAAAGAGGUUUAAGAAACUCGACCUAGAUAACUCGGGAUCCCUCAGCGUGGAUGAGUUCAUGUCCUUGCCUGAGUUACAGCAGAAUCCACUGGUGCAGAGAGUCAUCGAGAUAUUCGACACGGACGGCAACGGAGAGGUGGACUUCAAAGAGUUCAUCGAGGGGGUCUCUCAGUUCAGUGUGAAGGGUGAUAAGGAGCAGAAACUGCGCUUCGCUUUCAGGAUCUAUGACAUGGACAAGGACGGCUACAUUUCCAACGGAGAGCUGUUCCAGGUGUUGAAGAUGAUGGUGGGCAACAAUCUGAAGGACACUCAGCUGCAGCAGAUAGUGGACAAGACCAUCAUCAACGCAGACAAGGACGGGGAUGGGAGAAUAUCCUUCGAGGAAUUCUGUGCUGUCGUCGGAGGUCUGGAUAUACACAAGAAGAUGGUGGUGGAUGUGUGAGCGAGUCCAUCUCCAGCAGAUCCGCUUUCCUCUCCAUCUCUGACGACCUGCUCAAGAUAUCCAGCAAAUGCUCUCUGUGUGUUUCAAUGGAAGUAUUUAAGCCACUUUUGUCCAAUAGAAGUAAGUGUAAGUGUUACCGAACUCCAGUCUGCUCGAUAACCUGGUGUAGCACUUUAUGAGCUUAUGGACACUGAAAGAGCAUCUCGGUUCAAGAGGAAAGAGCAUUGGCUUGUCCAUAUUUAUUUAGUUUUUUUUUUUUAUAUUUAUUUGGUUUCGUCUUUUUUAAGAUAUUAAGUAUGAUAUAAUAAGUAUACGUAGGUAUGAUGUGCCAAGCAGAAAACAAACAGAACAAAGCGCUGUGCAGAAGCUUGUUCGACCGCAUGACGUAAAGAUGCAACGUUGGCUUCCUUCUGUUACACUUUGUGAUAUUACACUAUUUAUAUCAUUCUAGCAUUUUGGAUUCUAGCAUUUAACCAUGUUUAAUAACUGUUUUGUAUCAAUCGUGAUGUAAUGUUUAUAUUGUUAGGUCUGAAGUGUUGAGACAGUCCAGUAGAAAAUUACCAAGACAAAAAUGAUUUGAUUUUCUUCACAUGUAACAACCAAAGCUUUCACUUUUGAAACCCUUACAAACUUGUAUUUGCUCAGAUGAUUUGCUUGUGACAUCUUUCUUUCCACGGAAAGACCCUUGUGUGUCAGUCAGCUCUAAUACAUGGAUUAUAUUGACGGCCAUCUUUUGUAAACGCAGCAGGAGAUCCGUGUGCUUUGAUAAACGUGUGCGUGACAUACACAGAGCAUCUAAACACUUCAAAAUCAAUCAAAAUCAUGACUGUUUACAUGCAUGACAGGAGCAGCGUAACCAAAUUCAUCUCUGAUUUCAGCAUAUGGAUAUUAUAUGUCAGUAAUAAUGCCAUGUAUGAGGCUUCUGCUGUGCUUGCUUUUUGCAUGAUUACUUUCAUCUAUUUCAAUAGUUUACACUUAAGCUGUGAAUUUAUAUCUGAUAUCAAAAGAACCAUGAAAUGCAUUACAUAAGUUGCCAAAUUAGAUUCAAACUGACGUAUAUUGUUUUCAGAUUCAGCUCCCAUCAUUUGCCCAGUUGUUUUGUAAAUGCAGAUAUAAGUUACUCGCGCUUUAAGAAAAUGGGUUUGUCUGCAGCUUUUGGUGAAUGAAAGCGUGUCUCGUACAUAUGAAGAAGGCACAUGAAGCUCGUCAGUUAUGGGAUGUCUAUUCUGCAUGCUGCAUCAACUCAACUAUUAUGGGAUAUAUGGACUGCUUGAUACCUUAUGAAACAAUAAACAUGUAAAACUUUA